AUCUCACCACCAUCAACGAGAUGAGCCAUGGCAAUAGAAAACAAACCAGAGGAGGAAUUUGACACAGUUUUCAGUCUAAAUGACUCCCUGGAGCUCUGCUCCCAUUCAGAGCAUGACUGCAGAAAGGCUCGCAUCUUCAAGAUAAUAGUCAUAGGGGACUCAAACGUGGGGAAAACGUGCUUAACUUACCGCUUCUGCGGAGGCACUUUCCUGAAAAACCCAGAGGCAACUAUCGGGGUGGAUUUCAGGGAGAGGACGGUGGAGCUGGACGGAGAGAAGAUCAAGUUGCAGAUUUGGGACACGGCAGGUCAGGAGCGUUUCAGAAAGAGCAUGGUGGAACACUACUACCGCAGCGUCCAUGCCGUCAUCUUUGUGUAUGACGUCACCAAUCUGCCCUCCUUCCAAAGCAUUCCUGAGUGGAUUGAGGAGUGCAGCAGACACUCUGUGGGGCCACUGGUGCCACGCAUCAUAGUGGGAAACAAGUGUGACCUGAGGGAGCUUCGGGAGGUGCCCGCCUCUGCUGCUCACUGUCUUGCAGACAGCUACAACUUCCCCCUUUUUGAGACCUCGGCCAAAGACCCCGCUGAGAAGGAGCACGUUGAUGCCAUCUUUUUAACUUUAGCUUAUCGGCUGAAGAGCCACAAACCUCUGAGACUAAAGCAGCUGAAUGAGAGCUGUGUCACAGAGCUGAGGGAUCAGAGAGAACAGGAAAUUACAUCUUGUCAGUGCUAAGGUCAACUGUGGACUCAUAAACUGGACAAAGGCUGCAGCCGCCAUUAAAACAUCUAUUUCAAACCAAUUUUGUCACUUAGUUCCUGAGCAGCAAUCAAAAAUUAAAAACUUUAUCUGAUGACCCAAAAAAAAAACAAAAUCUGAUUUUUACGUAGAGCUUAGGGUCAUUACAGCAAUGACCUACAAGUUUCAGCAAGGUCGAACCAAUAUUUCUUCAAAAUGCAUGAGCGAAUCUGAAGAUGUGUCAAGAAUUUGCUAUUUUGAAGAUAAUGGUCAAUGAAAUUAAAUGUCAAAAUCGUUCUCUGGAAGAAUAUUGCUCCGUGAUCCAAUUACAUUUCACACUGCUUGACAAAAAACAUGUAGAAAAAAUAACAAGAAAUGUUGAAAGGCAGAUCCAAUGACAAUGAAACUGUGAGUUAGUUACAAUAAGUAUUACAAAACAACUUAAAAAAAAAAAACUUGCUGGUUUUGAUUUGUGUUUAUUUUCUGUUUGUUUUCAUUGCAAACACAGGUCUAUGAUACUGAUAUAAUCAAAAAGAAGAAAAAAAGGUGCUAAAAUGUUGAUACUUUUUGGAGAAAAUAUUAAUUAUUAACUCUGACCUGCAUGUCAAAAAAUAAGCCUCAAGGUCCUUGCAAUUAACAUUAAAACAUAUCAAACCUGA